AUGCGCCUCGAGCGACCUAGCUUUGGGUUGCAUGCACGGAGAACCACGAGAAAUUGUAAUCUCUCUUCUGUUGGUGAUCACACCUUCGGUGGAUUGGAUCCUCGAGUGAGGGAAGUCCCUCCUACCCUAUAUCUGCUCCUGCGUGCCUGUGAACUGAAGUCGGCCAUAGAGCCAUCGGUACCAUAUCUCGACCAGGCAACCAAGCAGUGGUGGGAAUGCGGUGAUACAAUCCGGUGCCGAAAGGUGGCAGACAGCCUCGACGCGAGCGGGCGAUCUCCUCUUGAUGAACGACUCAGAGUAUAUGGGGGGUCCUGCCGAAGCGAGCAGCCAUGCUGGUUUCCAUGGGUGCAUUUGACAACGCUCCUUUUGCGUGAAUCGUGUAAUGGCACGCAAACAAGUCUCUCUAUAUGCUUCAUCUCUGGCAGGAGCGGAAAGUUCGAAGGGUUUGACCUCGGAUCACGCUUCAUCAGGUUAGGCGCUAAGAUACGCAUACGGUACUGGGGUGGGCCUAGCCUCCGUUGGGAGGUGAUGAUCGAUGGUGUGGGACUCGAUGAGUCUGGUCGUAAUUGGGACCGCGACGCAAGAGGGUUUGAUGCGAAGAAAGCGGAAAUUGCGUGA